AUGGGUGGUGGAGAAAGGUAUAACACUCCAGCCCCUCAAUCUAGAAACAUCAGUAAGAACCAACAGCAGCUUACUAGACAGAAGACUAAGGAUCAGAAUUCCCAGGUGAAGAUUGUUCACAAGAAAAAAGAACAAGGAAACAAUUACAACUCAUCAGCAGCUGCAUGGCAGGCCAUGCAAAAUGGCGGGAAGAACAAAAAUGUUUCUAGUAUUCCAAAUUGGAAUACUAGAGUUAGCCUAUCAAGUCCCAGUUUGCUUUUUAAGUCUCAAGCUAAUCAGAACUAUGCUCGAGCCAAAUUUAGUGAGCCACUAUCACCAAGUGUUUUUCCCAAGCCACCAAGCCACUAG